GGAGCGGAAAUUACGUUGUGUAAUGAUGGUCAGAGCGUAAAUCCUGUGACAUCAUCAAAAGACGCCUGAAAGCGAAAUAGUGGUAUUAAGAAGGUACCCUGGUUCUGCAAACAUCUUGCUUUUUGAAAGAGAGUCGUACUUUGAGCUACUGUGAAGCGGGUUAGCAGUGGAAUGGCUAUGCAGUCACUUCCUCACAGCGAGCGACUCCUGGAGCAGUUGAGGAAGCAGCUGGAGGCCGGCUGCUUCUGUGACUGUACUGUCGCAAUAGGCCCUUCCCGGUUCCGAGCCCACCGAAACGUUUUGGCGGCGUUCAGUGAAUAUUUUAGCUCCCAGUGGCAGAGCUCAGCGGAAAAUUGCGUCACCACCUCACUGGAUCCUGAAUGUGUCAACGAGCAAGUGUUCCAGAAGUUGCUGGACUACGUAUACACCGGGUACCUGAAUGUUGACAGCGACAACGUAGAAGAUAUCUGCAAGGCUGCCAGUUUUCUUCAGAUGGAAGACGUCAUUACACUCUGCAUCCUGGUCCAGGAAGACAUCAAGCCCGUCUUUGUCGGGACAGGGGAGACGAGUGACACCCACGAGCAAGAACCUGCCCCACCCAGCUCGGACGCCUACGACUCUUUUGAACCUGAAGAGGAGGAGGAGGUGGGGGCUCCCGAGGACGUGAACCACGGGCAGGGGGAUCAGCAGCCCACAGCGCACGAGGAAGAGGAGGCGCAGGAGCAUGGUGAGGUGGUGGAGGUGAUGGAGGCAGAAGUAUCGAGGACCAGGGUGUCGCAGAGGGCCAGGAAGCCUAAGGUCAUGCCGGAUGGCAGCAUCCUAAAGAACUGCACUGUUGUCCUCCAGCGAGAAACCAGGCAUCUCAUUGGGCAGCCCGACCUGGUGGGGCAGCCCAAACCUCCCGGCAGGUCCCCGGGCAGGCCCCCAGGGGCACGGGCCAGCCAGGCGCUUCGCGCUGACGCGGAAGAUCGCGAUUGGCAGGCGCCGUGGGCGGUGGGCGGCGAGGACGGCCCGGAAGAGGAGCAGCGCCCCCCCAAGAGGAAGAGGGGCCGGCCGAGGAAGGGCAGGCUCAAGGAGAACCGCUCGCAUGCCCCGUCCUCCGACCCGGACGAGGACGACGAGCAGCUGGUGUUCGUGGAGGGCAAGCCCGUGUGCCGCGUCUGCGGGCGGGUGUUCUCCGAGUCGAGCAGCGUGCGGCGCCACAUGCGCAUUCACCGCGGCGUCAAGCCGUACCAGUGCCAGCUCUGCAACAAAGCCUUCCGCCAGGGGAACCAGCUGAAGACGCACAUGCGAACACACACAGGGGAGAAGCCCUUCCAGUGUGACAUAUGCGAUAAGAGUUUUGCCCAGAAGUGCCAGGUGGUCUUCCACCGCCGCAUGCACCACGGAGAGGAGAAGCCCUACAAGUGUGGUUCUUGUGGGCUGCAGUUCGCCACCUCCAGUAACUUCAAAAUACAUGUCAGGAAACACAGUGGAGAAAAGCCAUACGGGUGUGACCGCUGUGGGAAACACUUCGCCCAGGCCAGCACGCUGACCUACCACAUGCGCAGGCACACGGGUGAGAAGCCCUACGUCUGCGACACCUGCGGCAAGGCCUUCGCCGUCUCCAGCUCCCUGCUCGCCCACUCCAGGAAGCACACAGGAGAUACUUCCUGCUUCUGUAUAGUGUGCAACAAAACGUUCACGAACGCGGAAGAACUCGAAAAGCACUUCCCGUGUUCAAAAGGUAUGAAGAAAAUUGAGUGUGACCUCUGUGAAAAGUCCUACACGGGGGCAAAGUAUCUGAAGAAGCACAAAUUGAAAGUACACAACAUUCCCGAGCAAGACCAGGCGGCGCUCCCGUUCCCACUUAACAUCCCUAUCGACCACCAGUCCCUGCUGUCCCGCGUCCCCCCAGGACCCAGCACAGCGGAGCUGAUGACCAGAGCCAAAGCCGCCGCCGAUGCCGAAGCCGCCACUGCGGCUGCUGCCGCCACCGAAGCAGCCACCGCUGCUGCCGCCAUCAACCAAACGGUGACCGAGUUCAUCCUCUUCCAGACUCUCGACUGAGGCUCCGUCCCCGUUCCCACCCACCGCCUGGCUCGCGCUGCACAGGGCCUGGUAGCUUGGCUGUCUGCAGCUUUGCACUGAACCUUCCUGCCUUGUGCAAAUACCUAAUUCACUUUAUCCCCCCCAUUGGUUGGUUGUGUUCCCAGCAUGGUCAUGAUGGAGGGGGUGUGAGUGGCACAGGAUUAGUAGGGCAGGGCAGGGUUGGGAGUUUCCUGCUUGUUGCAUCACCCUUGCAUAAAGAGCAUGGAGUGCUUACUCUGGCUUUAAUAUGGAGUAGCACUGAGGACACGACUGAAUGCUGUAGGUUAGAAUCUCAGGUCAGACGUUGGAGUGGAGCACAGGGCAUUCCAUUGCAGUGCAUAUUCAGGUGGAGAAAUGACUUGCGGAUGCAAAAGGACACGCAUCGCUUGCUAGGGACAGCGAUUUCAAGAAAAUGGAUGACGUAAUGGACUAAAUGAUGUGAUCUCACUUUUCAAUGAAGUCUGACUGUUGGGACAUUGAUUUGAAUUCUGACACUUGUGGAUUUCUAAAUCAUCGUGAAACAUGGUUUUUAUUGUUUAAUUUCUCAGGAUCAGUAAUUUUUUUCAAAAGAAAAAAAAACAUUUGUGGGAUUAUGUUGUAGGCAGGUAAUGAGUCGCAUCAUAAAAUGAUUUAGAAGUACUUUGAAAACAAGAUUAAAGAGUCUGAAGGGGGAAGUUAGUUUUUUGCAUUUUAAAAGCUAUUACUAAAGUGGAUUACAGAUUCAAUUUCUAGUUGAGUUAGCGAGCAGGUGUGACAGUUCAUAGAUGCACCUUGUUGGUAAAAUGGCCAGCCCAGAUGGGCUGAAUGGGCUAAUGUCAGUUAACAUUAUGUUCUUAUAAAUGCAGGCAUACAUUCACAUUAUUAAAUAAAUUUUCUGUUUCUGUUUU